GCUGUCAUGGCGUCAGACUUCGCCAUUGGUCAGUUCAGAUUCCUGGAGAGGCUGCUAUUGGUGCACGGGGGAUGGUGCUACAAGCGCAUCUGCAUUCUGAUAACCUAUUUCUUCUACAAGUGUUUCGUGUUCGCGUUCACCAUCCUCUUCUACAACUGCCUGGCAUACUUCUCCGGCACAGCAGUGUACUACGACUGGUACCUCACACUCUUCAUGGUCUUCUUCACCUCACUGCCCAUCGGUGUGGUGGGCGUCAUGGACCAGGACGUCAAGGCCGUCUACCGCCUGCGCUACCCGCAGCUCUACAAGCAGGGCCAGCGCAACGAGUACUUCUCGGUGCUGAACGUGGCGAGCUGGAUGGUGAACGGGCUGGUGCAGGCAGGCAUCAUCUUCACGCUCACGCUGCUGCCCUUCGCCCUCGUGCCCGACCGCAGCAGCGGGCUCAUCCUGGACCUCACGGCCAUCGGUACCAUCAUUAUUGGAACGCACUGCAUUUCAUCACCAUAUUCGGCUCCAUCCUCUUCUUCUUCGUCCUCAUGACGGUCGGCAGCUACCUGCCCGCCAAGUGGGUGGGCAAUCUGGUGGGUGUGGCCGCGCAGCUGCUGCCCGCCGCCAGCUUCUGGCUCAACCUGCUGCUCGCCGUGGUGGCCGCCAUGCUGCCCUCCUACGCUAUCCGCGGGAUGUGGAGGCAUGUAUGCCCAGGUGACCAUGAGGUGGUGCAGGAGAUUGAGCGCAGAGAGAGGCGGCGACGGCUGAUGCGGCUCUCCACCAUGGCACGCCACAUGUGCGCCGGUGCACCGCUGGUGACCAAUCACGGCGCGAGUGGCGCUGCUGACGUGGAGAGGUCGGCUCAUGGCUCUGCUGGUAGCGAUGACAGUGGGGAGGGGAAGGGGAAGGGGAAAAAGAAGGGGGUGGGUGGGGUGGGGAACGGGGUUGUGGGAGAGUACCAGGUGGCAGCAGAGCAGGGUCCGAGUGUGGCUGAGGAGUUGAGACACAGACACAGCAGCAGCAGAGACACUCAGCAGUAA